UGUUUUUGGGGUCCCUGAUGAUGUUUCGGGGUGUCCCGUGAUAUUUUGGGGGUCCCUGAUGAUGUUUCUGGGUUCCCUGAUGAUGUUUUCAGGGUCCCUGAUGACGUUUUUGGGGUGUCCUGUGAUGUUUUCGGGGUCCCUGACGACAUUUUCAAGGCCCCUGUGAUAUUUUUGGGGUCUCUGACGAUGUUUUUGGGGUGUCCCAUGAUGUUUUUGGUGUCCCUGACGACGUUUUCAGGGUCCCUGACAUGGUUUUUGGGGUCCCUGACGAUGUUUUUGGGGUGUCCUGUGAUGUUUUCAGUGUCCCUGAUGAUAUUUUUGGGGUUCCCUGAUGUUGUUUGGGGGUUCCCUCAGCGCGUUCGCCACGCUGGAGGAGGAGGCGUGCACGGAGCUGGUUCCGUACCUGAGCUUCAUCCUGGACACACUGGUGUUCGCCUUCGGCAAAUACCAGCACAAGAACCUGCUCAUCCUGUACGACGCCAUCGGCACCCUGGCCGACUCCGUGGGCCACCACCUCAACCAGCCCGUGCGUCCCGCUGUCACCUGCUGUUACCUGCUGUCACCUGCUGUCACCCGCUGUCACCCGCUGUCACCUGUUGUCACCCGGUGUCACCUGCUGUCACCCGCUGUCACCUGCUGCCACCCGCUAUCACCCGCUGUCACCUGCUGUCACCUGGUGUCACUUGCUGUCACCUGGUGUCACCCGCUGUCACCUGCUGUCACCACUGUCACCCGCUGUCACCCGCUGUCACCUGCUGUCACCUGCUGUCACCCGCUGUCACCUGCUGUCAUCUGCUGUCCCUUCAGUGUCACCUGCUGUCACCUGCUGUCACCCGCUGUCACCUGCUGCCACCCGCUAUCACCCGCUGUCACCUGGUGUCACCUGCUGUCACCCGCUGUCACCCACUGUCACCUGCUGUCACCCGCUGUCACCGUCACCUGGUGUCACCUGGUGUCACCUGGUGUCACCCGCUGUCCCUUCAGUGUCACUUCAGUGUCACCCGCUGUCACCUGCUGUCACUCGCUCUCACCCGCUGUCACCCACUGUCACCUGGUGUCACCCACUGUCACCUGCUGCCACCCGGUGUCCCUCAGUGUCCCUUCAGUGUCCCCCUGGUGUCACCCCAUGUUCCCCGGUGUCACCCCGCUGUCACCCAGUGUCACCUGGUGUCACCUGGUGUCCCUUCAGUGUCACCCAGUGUCACCCAGUGUCCCUUCAGUGUCACCCGGUGAUCCCUCGGUGUCACCCGAUGUCCCCCUGGUGUCCCUCAGUGUCCCUUCAGUGUCACCCGGUGUCCCACCGGUGUCCCUCGGUGUCACCCCGGUGUCACCCUGGUGUCCCUUGGUGUCACCCAGUGCCCCCCAAUGUCCCCCCAGUGUCCCCUGGUGUCCCCAUGCCCAGUGAUGACCAGAGACAUUCGAAUCCCGAACUCCCCAUGUGGAUCCUCUGUGCUCUGAGGGCAUCGGGGCACGGCCCUGUCCCUGUCCCUGUUCCCUGUCCCC